CGCGCGCUCAGCUCCCCACAGCCCGAGCGCGCGCCCGGGCCGAGCCGGCCAGCCUGCUGCGUGCGUGCGUGCGUGCGUGCGUCCGUCGCUGCGUGCGUCGCUGCGUGCGUGCGUGCCGUGCGCUCGCCGGGCACCGCGGCCUCGCCCUCGCCCUCCGCCCCUGCGCCUGCACCGCGUAGGUCGCCCCCCCGCGCGCACCCCGUCGGCGACCCCCGCCCGCGCCCCGGCCGGCCCCCCCUUUUCCAAAUUUAAAGGGGGCGCAGCCUUAACGCUUCUCGCCCCAGGUGACCUCUCAGGGGUCUCCCCGCCUGAGGUGCCCCGCUGCCGAGGAACAUGGCGAAGGUGGAGCAGGUCCUGAGCCUCGAGCCGCAACACGAGCUCAAAUUCCGAGGUCCCUUCACCGACGUGGUUACCACCAACCUAAAGCUCGGCAACCCGACAGACCGGAAUGUGUGUUUCAAGGUGAAGACCACGGCCCCACGUAGGUACUGCGUGCGGCCCAACAGUGGGAUCAUUGACGCGGGGGCCUCCAUCAAUGUAUCUGUGAUGUUACAGCCUUUCGAUUAUGAUCCCAAUGAGAAGAGUAAACACAAGUUUAUGGUUCAGUCUAUGUUUGCUCCAGCUGACACUUCUGAUAUGGAGGCAGCUUGGAAGGAGGCAAAACCGGAAGACCUUAUGGAUUCAAAACUUAGAUGUGUGUUUGAAUUGCCAGCAGAAAAUGAUAAACCACAUGAUGUAGAAAUAAAUAAAAUUAUAUCCACAACUGCAUCAAAGACAGAAACGCCAGUGGUGUCUAAAGCCCUGAGUUCCGCUCUGGACGACACCGAAGUGAAGAAGGUGAUGGAAGAGUGUAAGCGGCUGCAGAGCGAGGUCCAGAGGCUGCGGGAGGAGAACAAGCAGUUGAAGGAGGAAGACGGCCUUCGCAUGAGGAAGCCCGUGCCGAGCAACAGCCCUGCGCCCGCGCCCGCCACGCCUGGGAAGGAGGAGGGCCUCAGCACGAGGCUGCUGGCACUGGUGGUUUUGUUCUUCAUCGUGGGCGUGAUCAUAGGCAAGAUCGCCUUGUAGAGGCCGCGCGCAGAGGACGGGAAACCGGGCUGACGGAUCCGCCGCUUCGUGGGAUUGAAAUUGGUCCUAACCACGUGUAAAAAGAAAUUAACGUAUGAUGACAUCUCACAGGUCUUGCCUUUAAAUUACCCCUCCCUGUGCCGUGCGCACGCGCGCACAUGCACACGCACACACGCACACACACACGCACACACACAGACACACACAGGUAGAACAUAAUCUAACAAUCUUUUAGAAAGCUUAAAACGUGUAGUAAAUGAUUGGGGGGAAUAAUGAUCCUUAUUAGUGACGAGGGAACCGUGAUUAAACGACAGUGGCAUGUCGAAAGUGUCAUUUUAAACAUUAGUAGCCUCGGUACAUGUUGCUGGAUUACCUCUCUUAAAACACGCCACUCUUCCUCGCCUGCUGGUGCUGGCCCUCGGGAGCUGGAGCCAGCCCGGCGGGGCAUCACCCCCUCCACGUCGUCACCCCCACGCGGCCCACUCCCUCGGGGCUGCUUUCCGAGCUCGGCCCAGACCGCCGGUCCCCGGGGACUGGCGGACAGAGUCGGGACCCGACGAGGAUGGCGCUGUGGCAGCAUCGGCGGUGCCCUUCAGAGCGGGCGGUGUGUGUGUGUGCGCGCGCGGCCUGGUCGACCCAGUGCUCUGGAAGCAAGCCCAUGCUCCGUCCUCUCGGGGGACCAAGCUAGAACCCCGCCGGGUCAUGUAGCGAGACUGAAUUGUGCUUCAGAGAUGCCGAACGCACAUUUAACUUAUUUAACGUGUUUCAUCUCAUGUGUCCCUGUCACGAGAUUGUAAUCAAUGCUGUGGCCUAAAAGUCACCUGUGCUCCUGACACUGCCGGGUGAGGCUGCACUGCGGCUGCUGGGGGCGGUGGGCUCUGCACACACGGAGGCGUGGCUGCUCUCGGAAAACAGGCUGGAGAACAGCCACCAGGAAGUGCUUUUCUGUGUAAAUAAACAACAGCUGCCACAGGGACGGCACCUCUCGGGAGCAGCUGUCGACUCCCCAUCGCUCUCCAUGGAGAAGCGUGGCCCUCACCCCCACUCACCCUGCAGCACACACGGCCCCCGGGGUGGGCCCGGCCCUGACCUGCCCAUGCGGCUCUCGCUUGGGGUCAGGCGGCAGGGACCCAGGAGAGAGGGAGCCGGCGGGGUGGGGUGUGGAGGGGAGGGCAAAAGAGACGUCAGAUCAUCCAUCAAGUUGUGAUCGAGAGUUUGACUGUGACAUUAAUUUUAUGCCGUAAAAGACCAAUCCAAUUCUGUUUGACUAUGUAGCAUCUUAAAAAGUAAAAAAAUUAAAAUAAAGCCCCAAAAUUAA